UCAAGCCUGUAACACCCGGUGUUUGAGUUGUGGGAUGGAGUUUCGUUGACUCUAGCUAGUCAGUAAAAUUUUAAUCGCUAAAUUCGUUGUCUUUGUUGUUACACAACGAUAUAGUUCGGGAGCAUUUACCCGUUCAACAUGGCUGAAAAUAUUAUUAUCCGGGUUCAGUCUCCGGAUGGGAUGAGGAAAAUUCCAUCCACCAAGAGGGAGACAGCAUCUGCUUUCAUCAAGAAGGUCGCCAAAGAGUUUGGCUUCAACUCCAAUGGCAUUUCUAUUUACCUGAACCGCAACAAGACGGGAGAGAUCCUGUCCCAGAACAAGACCCUCAGUCUGCUCAAGAUCAAGCAUGGAGACAUGCUGUUCCUGUAUCCCUCGGGCUCCCCAGGGCCAGCUGGAGAGGUGAUGGACGUGGCCACACCUCACUCCUCUUCAUCAUUACCCUCCACAUCCUCCUCCUCCAUAUCCUCCUCCUCGGCAUCCUCCAUGUCUCGCUCCCAGUCCGCCGCCCACAUCCCCGAAGACGAGAUCGACCAGUACCUGGCCAAGCAGGAGGGCAAAAUCUACCGAAAUAAAGAUCCACAACUGUGUCGGCAUGGUGCAAUGGGGAAGUGUGUUCACUGUGUACCACUAGAGCCUUUUGAUGAAGACUACCUGAACCACCUGGACCCGCCAGUCAAGCACAUGUCAUUCCACGCCUACAUCCGCAAGCUGACGGGCGGAGCUGACAAAGGGAAGUUUGUCGCCCUGGAGAACAUCAGCUGUAAGAUCAAGUCUGGUUGUGAGGGCCACCCUCCCUGGCCAGAGGGCAUCUGCACCAAGUGCCAGCCCAGUGCCCUCACCCUCAACAGACAGAAAUACAGACAUGUAGACAACAUCAUGUUUGAGAAUCACACCAUCGCCGACCGCUUCCUGGACUUCUGGAGGAAGACGGGCAGCCAGAGGAUGGGGUACCUGUAUGGCAGGUACACGGAGCAUAAAGACAUCCCUCUGGGCAUCAGGGCUGAGGUGGCCGCCAUCUACGAACCCCCACAGAUCGGUACCCAGAACAGCCUGGAGCUGGUGGAGGACCCUAAAGCUGCAGCUGUGGAGGAGAUCGCUGCCAAGCUGGGACUGCGCAAGGUGGGAUGGAUCUUCUCAGACCUGCUGUCAGAGGACACCAGGAUAGGCACGGUCCGCUACACCAGGAACAAGGACUCCUACUUUCUGAGUGCGGAGGAGUGUAUCACGGCUGGACACUUCCAGAACCAGCAGGCCAACCCCUGCAGACUCUCCCCAGACGGACAUUUCGGCUCAAAGUUUUUCACGGUGGUGGCCACCGGCGGGCCUGAUAACCAGGUCCACUUCGAGGGCUACCAGGUGUCUAACCAGUGCAUGGCGCUGGUGAGAGACGAGUGUCUGCUUCCCUGCAGAGACGCCCCGGAGCUGGGCUACGCUAAAGAGUCCAGCACUGAGCAAUACGUACCCGACGUCUUCUACAAGGACAGGGAUAAAUUUGGAAAUGACAUCACAUAUCUAGCCCGGCCCCUUCCUGUGGAGUACCUAAUCAUAGACAUAACCACCACUUUCCCCAAGGACCCCCAGUACACCUUUAGCUCCACACAGCGCUUCCCCAUAGAGAACCGCGAUAUCCUGGGGGAGACACAGGAUUUCCACAGUUUAGCUACAUACCUGUCCCAGUGCACCUCAACUGUGUUCCUGGACAUCGUCUCUGACUUCCACCUGCUCCUCUUCCUGGUCACAAACGAGGUCAUGCCCCUCGGAGACAGCAUGGGGCUCCUGCUGGACGCUGUGAAGACCUCCAACGAGGAGCUGGCGCAGACCUGGAAGAAGUCGGAGCAGUGGGCCACCAUCGAGCAGCUGUGCAGCACGGUGGGAGGUCAGCCUCCAGGGCCUCAGGAGUACGGGGCCAUGGGGGGGGGGCCCUCAGCCUCGGCCUCCUCCUCGGCCAUGUGGUCCUGUCUCCACUGCACCUUCAUGAACCAACCUGGCACAGAGCUCUGCGAGAUGUGCAGCCUGCCUCGCAGCUAAACCCUCCCUCCUCCUCCCUGCCUCAUGCCCUCCUUAACCCCCCCCCCCCUCUGUCUUUCUCUCUCUCUCUCUCUCUCUCUCUCUCUCUCUCUCUCUCUCUCUCUCUCUCUCUGCGGCAACGACAUCAGCGCACCAGGACCAGUGGCGAGAUCGGAUGUCUCCUCCUUUCUGAACCUGCCCAGCCCCUCAGCCCCGCCCCUCAGCCCUCAGUCUCUCCCGUCUCUCAGACUGCUUUGGGGCUUCAGUACGGCCUACAAAAAAAGAAAAACAAAGCUCUAAAGGAAGCCACUCGUUUACACCGAAAUCCAACAAUGUCGAAGUGAAGAGUGCUCUCUCCAGUGGAUCCUGAUGCCGGCUGGGACGUGAUGCCGGCUGGGACGUGAUGCUGGCUGGGACGUGAUGCCGGCUGGGACGUGAUGCCAGCUGGGACGUGAUGCCGGCUGGGACGUGAUGCCAGCUGGGACGUGUGCAGGAGAAGAAGGCUCCUCCUUCCCACAGCCCUCAGUAGAACCUCUCACGGCUCCAAACAAACAUUGCUGUGAUGCAGGACAACAACAAAGACUGUAGUUUAUGGAUGUUCUCUUCUUCUCUCACCCCAGUGCCCCUCUCUCACCACUUGUUCUGGAAGGCUGUCGUGUAAAUAUACAUUUGAGGAAUGAUGCUGUUAUUUAAUUACAGAUGAAGCCAUUUUUUUCUUUUUUGGGGGGGGUGGGGACUAACUUUGUAUUAGACUUUAAUUUCAGUUUGGUUUAUUUUGCUCAGUCAGGUUUUUGUAGAACUCACUUCCCUCACCAAUAAACUCGAAAUACACACAGUUAUAAAGAGACUUUGUAGCAGGUCAUGUCUUUCAGCAGUCCAGUUCUAGAGCAGCUGAAUCCCAGAAACUAAUCACAUGUUCCCCUCCCCCCCCCCAGAUAUCCCCCUCUCGCCAUGACAACAUGCCCAGGUGCUCCACUAACCUUUCAUGUAGCUUUUUGGUUGCAGCAGUGAUGUGAGAUUGAGGCAUUUCCUCCCGGGUUAUUUAUGACAUUUUUCUUUUUUGGGGGUGGGGAUUGAUGUUGAUGCUCCCAGUGGAUUGACUUGAAUCCAUCACUCUCGGGUUGUGCGUCUCAACUUGAACUGGCGCAAGUUGCGCUUCAUGAUGAUGUUGCUGGUCAUCAUUUAUUACCAUAUUCAUUCUGAAUGGCUUCCAUUUGAGAGUUUUUUUGGGGUCAGGAGUUUUGCCAUCUGUCUCUCUCCCUCCUUCAUCCCUUCUUCCUUGCCUUCCUCCUCCUCCCCCCCCUUCCCGCUUUCUGUCUGGCUACAGUCCAGGAGGACUGAAGCGUAGAGAAUGAGUUUUCUAUGAUGGGGGGCCCCUAUGGGUUUCCAUCAUUUUGCCUUCAAAGCCUCUCAGAAUGCCAGGGGUCACAGGUCAAUCUGGGAAGAGAAAGAUACCCUGAUGCUGAGUUUGUUUUAUCAGACCAACAUGCUGUGCACCUGGAGGAAAGAUGGUGAGACAGAGAGAGAUGGUGAGACAGGAGAGAGAGACAGAUGGUGAGACAGGAGAGAGAGACAGAUGGUGAGACAGAAAGAGAGAGAUGGUGAGAGGAGAGAGUGCACGGAUGGAGCACUAAUACCACCACUCAAAAGCGAGUCCCUAAAUAAAUAAAUUCCCACUUUUUAAGACGUUGGUUUCUCAAAACAGUUAAACAGGAGCAAUGUAAUGUCUGGGUUUCUUUAACACUUAAAAUAAGCACUUACUCUAUCAGCGUUCAGUGAUUGAAAGACUCUUCAAAGCCCAGGUUGCCUAUUGGAAAGAAAUCUACGUUGUAUCAAAGAGAACCUUUUCAGUUAUUUUUUUUGGUCAGUGAAAUUGAGUUUUCAACAUUUUUAUCAGGCAUUAUCCUACAGGAUACCUCAUCUUCAUCCAGCCUUCCAAGUAUUUACUGAAGUGGUUUGACCCAUUGUGUUGCAGAUGCGCUAGACGCAAGACCUGUCACUUGAAAGUUUCCAUUUAUCGGGGUGAUAUAGCGGAAACUGCCCCGUUAAGUCGAGAGGGGGGUUACGGGAUGCAAAUUAUGCUAUUUAUGUUGUAAGAGCUUGAGGGUAAUUCCAUUGAAGAAGUGAGUAUAUAUUUUUAGUUGUAGAUUAAUUUGAGAAUGGUUGACAAAUUGUUUUGCCCAUUUCUACCCCCCCCCCCUCCCUCCCUUUUGUGAGUUCUUGAAUGAUUAUCUGAUGUCAUGCUAAGGAUGGCAAAUGUAUGAAGUCCUCACUAUCCACUCAGAUCUGAAGGGGACCCUGAAAACCUAUGCUGUAGACCUGGAUUUGAGUUUUCAAUUACAGAAAUACCAGUAAAACAAUAAUAAAAAAAACCUACACGAG